AUGAGCACCGCCUUACUUGAGACAAUCCCAUCAACUGUCGCUGCAGCCCUGAACAUCAUUGAUAAGGGAUCCAAAAGCGUUGAGGUCCAAAAGUUGACCGGGCUUAUGGUGGGGCCAUUUGGAGUCUUCAAAGCAGAAAAGCCUCAGGAGCCAGGCCUCGAAGCAUCAUUUACCAGCGAGGGUGCAUUGUCUCCCGAGGGCCCAAGCCAUGAUAGUGAUUUGGGGAACAUGCCACCCGAUUCAACUUUAUCAAACGAAAAUAUGUAUAAUAUCAAGUUUCUAUCGGGGAAUGAAGCGGAUACACGGAUUUAUUUGACGGAAAUGGAACGUCUCGCUCGCCUUCGCGGUCUCACAAAACUUGCUGUAUCUCGCCGAGCGCAUCUGCUGCAUAGCAUCUACGCCUGGAUGCGUAUUGUUUCGGAAAGUACCAACAUGAGCGUGGGUAUGGGUACUUCAUCGGCUGGGCCUGUUAUUCAACCGCGAGCAAACACCGCUCUCCUCCGAGCUGUCAAUCUGGAGUUGACGCUUGACAGCUUUCUUCAUCACGAGGCGAGCAGUGCUGCUCGCGAGGAUCCCCAGUCGAGUAUUGGCGAUAUCGAUCUGACUCGUUCACCCCGUGACCAAGGCAACAUGUAUAUGCAGAUAUAUGGGGUUUCUGAGGCAUGGCUAACGUUAGUAUCGCAAAUCACACGCCUGGCCAAUUUUAUGGACCGCCUUUCUCCAAACCAGAAGGAGGACGAUGCCGUGACCUUGGCGUCGCUCCUUCUCAAGGCCUCUUCUCUGGAAGAAGCGGUCUGUUCAUUCAAUGUCCACCACAAUAUGAGCAUGCCAAAGACAACUAAGAGCUACCUUUGCGAAUCACUAGAGAACACACCACAUGUGCACAUGGUACGCGCCCUGAGCGCGGCGCUGGCUAUUUUCUUUUAUCAGCGUAUCCGGAACGUGAAUUUGAUUUUGCAAGAGAGUGUCAACCAUGUCAGUGAGGCGCUUUACGCAUUCGAUCUGGCGCUGGAAGAAAGGAAUCUUCUCGGACCCGGCACGGCGUGGCCUGCUUUUAUAGCAGGCGCGGAAGCAAUGACAAAGCAGCGACGGGACAGAUUCACCGCGUGGCUGGACAGAGCCUUCUCAAAAUCUGGAUGGGCAGUUGUUCGGGUAGACCCUGAAAAGCAGGCGGCGGGCUCCAUCACCGGCAACCCAGAGGUUAAAACCACCGUCACAACAAAUCGCAGUAGCAGCUUUGGAAGAGGCAAGUGA